AUGGAUGCACAUGGCGAACCAUCCUCGAAAAAGCCCAAAAUGUCUCCAUCGUCCUAUGAUGCCGAUUUGGACGCGCUCAAUGAGCUUGACAAAAUGGAGCCCAUCAACUCACAAGGACCUGAUAGUAUUGGGUUGACAGCAUCAACGUCCGCGGGCGGCGGCAUGAUGAACAAUAUGGGUCCAAUGUCACAAGGUCCACCCGGUGGUUACGGUGCAACAACCUCACAAAGCGGUGCCGGUCAACCAUCAGUCUUGCAAGAGCUUUUACAGCAGAAUCCCUCAUCACAUCCAGGCGGGAAUCCAGCAAUGAAUUCCCCUCGACCACCAUAUCAAGGCCAAGCGGGCGGCCCACAAAACUUUCAACCGGCAAGGGGUAGUCCCUUGAAUCCUGGCGGUUCAAUGCUUUCCCCACCGACACAAGGAAACCCGGGAAUGGGCGGAGCUGGGCGAGGAGGGAUGCCUCCUGGACCACCUGGACAACAAAUGAGGCCUGGGAUGUACCCCGAGCAGAUGGGGCCUAUGGGACCAGGUGGUCAACAAUACCCACCAACGAUGAUUCAAGGACCCGGAAUGCAAUUCUAUCCGGCACAACCCGGGCAGCAAGGGCCACGCCAAGGAAUGGGUCCUGUUCCAUAUCAACAAAUGCAACGUGUGCCCGCACAAAUGGGUCGAGGUGUACCACAAAUGAUGCAGAAUGGAAUGCCUCAACCAAUGAGGCCGGGCGUUGCUGGACCUGGUCAAAGACAACCCGGUAUGAUAAUGCAGCAGCAAAUCAUGCGACCGAUGCCUGGACAAUAUGAACAACACCAAUAUAUGUCUCGAGAACAGUUUAUGGCAGGAGGACCGCACCCGUACAACGGAAUGCCUCCAAUGGGUCGAGGGCAACCUCAGCCACCACAUGGCACCCAAUACGCCCAGCAUCAACCCGGACCACAAAUGCAAAUGCCAGCGCAACAGUACCCGGGGCCACCAAUGGCUGGGCCGAGCGCUCAACAGGGGAUGAGUCAACCGCCAAUGAUCGCAAACGGACCUCAGCCCGGUCCUCCUCAACAAAAUGCAACUGGUGGCCCGAGUGGACCAACUCAGACACCAAGUGUCAAUGGGCCUCCACAGAAUAAUGGCCCCUCACUCGGCGCCACUCUUCCAAAUGGUCCUGCCGUCACGUCUGGCGGACCGGGCAGCAACGCCGGCGCUGCCACCAGUGGACCAAUGCAAGAUCCCGAGAAACGGAAGCUCAUCCAACAGCAAUUGGUGCUUCUCCUGCACGCGCACAAGUGUCAACAACGUCAAUCGGCAUGCAAUCUGCCGCACUGCUCAACAAUGAAAGAUGUUCUUCAACACAUGACAACUUGCAAUGCGGGACGGAAUUGUAACUUUGCUCAUUGUGCCUCAUCUCGCCAGAUCAUUGCCCAUUGGAAGAAUUGCAAUCGAGACGAUUGCCCCGUUUGUAAACCAUUGAAGAGCAUUCAAAACACCCAAAACGCCCCAGGAAGCGCGCCACAAGGAGUCGAUGAAAUGUCAUCGUUUCUUGGACCAUCUUCUGUCGGUGGACCCUCGUCAGUUGGUGGAUCGGUGCAAGUGCCCGGUGGACCGAAUUCCCAACAAGGAAUGCCCGGUGGACCGCAUUCUGUUGGCGAUGGAAUGCCACCUUUCAACUCACCGAACAACACCCACACCGCUCAACAUUUGUUGCAAGAUUAUCAGCCGAGCUCAAACACGGAUCCAUUUCGAUCUCCGAAUCCACCACCAAACAAACCAAUUGGUGGCCAAGCCACUCAUCAGCUGAUUGCCAACAAGGGAAUGCCUGGAACGCGCGGAGAGAUCGACUAUCCACCACCUGAAGUCCCCUCAAUGCAAAAGGAAUGGCAUCAACAAGUGACAAAAGAUCUCCGAAAUCAUCUCGUUGGAAAGUUAGUGAAGGCGAUUUUCCCAAGUCCCGACCCAGCGGCAAUGCAAGAUCAAAGAAUUCGUGAUCUCAUCAGUUAUGCUAGAAAAGUCGAGAAAGAGAUGUUCGAAAUGGCCGAUGAUAGGGAAGAGUAUUAUCAUCUGUUAGCCGAGAAGAUCUACAAGAUUCAAAAGGAAUUGCAAGAAAAGAAAGCGAAGAGGCUAAACGAGCAACAACAACAGGUUCGGCCCGUGCAAGCAGUGCAACCGCAACAAGGCCCAAUCAGUGGACCGCAACAACAAGGCCAACCAUGGAGCCAGCUGGGCUUUCCUCAAGAUUACGAUAUGCCAAUGCCGCCAAACAAGAUCGCCUCUUCGGAGCCACUCCCAGUGCGGAUGAAUAGUGGAGGACCGGUGAACAAGCCGGCCACUCAAGUUCAACAACCCCCACAAGGACCAUGGGCACCCAACAAUAACCCCUCUCAAGGUAUGCCUUCUGAUAUGGAUCGAAUCGGUGGAAUGGGUUAUGACGGGCAAGCCAUUGUGAAACAAGAAGUGAAAGCCGAAUUGAUGUUGGAAAGCAGCUCAAAUGGUUCAAAGUUCGAACCAAAUGGAAUAAUGCAAGCGUCGUCUAUCAAGCAAGAAAUUCCCUCAACGAGUAGCGGACCGACGAUCAUGAAAGCUCCCGACGUGCAUAUAACGCCAAAACAUGAAGCGCCCAAUCGAGAUGUCCCAACUCCACCACCAGGAGAUGAUCAAGUGUUCAGUGCUGAUGUUUUGAGGCAACACAUGAGACCGAUUUGGGAAAAGCUUGAUCGAUGCGAUGAUGCUAUACCAUUUCGAGUACCUGUUGACCCAGUUCUUCUUGGAAUUCCUGACUAUCCGGACAUUGUUAAACAUCCAAUGGACUUGUCGACAGUUUGCCAUAAAUUGGAUCACGGCGAGUACAGAAACGCGUGGGAGUUCUGCGAUGACAUGUGGCUGAUGUUCGACAAUGCUUGGCUGUACAACAGAAAGAAUAGCAAGGUCUACAAAUAUGCGACAAAGAUGAGUGAACUAUUUGUGAGCGAGAUGAGCCCGGUGAUGAAGAGAAUGGGAUACUGUUGUGCUGAUCGAUUGGCCUUCACAGCGUUGCCACUAUUUUGUUAUGGUGCCACUCAAUGUAUCAUUGCUCGAGAUCAGCCAUACAUGUGCUAUGAGAGAAACACGAGUCAGUAUGGAGUAACGGUUUCCGAUCGGUACACCUACUGUUUGAAAUGUUUUGAAACAAUGAUCCCCGCUGAAGGAAUGCCACUUUCCGAUGAUCCAAAUGAUCCAAAUCGAGUGCCAAAAACCGACUUCAAGCAGCUGAAAAACAAUCAAAUCGACUACGAGCCAUUUGAGACGUGUAAAUACUGUAAACGAAAAUGGCAUCGAAUUUGUGCUCUUCACGAUAAGAAAGUCUUCCCCGAGGGUUUCAUCUGUAUGACUUGUCGAGAAGAGAAAUCUCUUCCCAAGCCUGAGAACAAGUUCACCGCCAAGAAACUUCCGCACAACAAACUCAGCACACAUCUCGAGGAUCGUGUGAAUACAUACAUCAAGCGGCGAACGGUUGAGAUGAAGCUCAAAGAGGAAUACGAAGUGGUGAUUCGAGUGCUUUGUGUACAAGAUAAAGAAGUCGAAGUGAAGAAAGAGAUUAAAGAAAAAUAUUGCCCUGAUGGUUAUCCGGAGAGAUUCCCGUAUCGAUCGAAAGCCAUUUUUGCUUAUGAGAUCAUCGAUGGGGUCGAGGUGUGCUUCUUUGGUCUUCACGUGCAAGAGUACGGGAGCAAGUGUCUGGCAAACAACCAAAGACGUGUCUACAUCGCUUACCUCGACUCGGUCUACUUCUUUCAGCCUCGCCAAUUGAGAACCGAUGUCUAUCACGAGAUUCUCCUUGGAUAUUUAGACUAUGUGAAACGAUUGGGCUACUCGAUGGCUCACAUUUGGGCUUGUCCUCCAAGUGAAGGCGAUGACUACAUCUUUCAUUGCCAUCCACCAGAUCAAAAGAUCCCGAAGCCGAAACGUUUACAAGACUGGUAUCGAAAAAUGCUUGAAAAGGGAGUACAAGAGGAUUGUGUCGUUGAGUUCAAAGACAUCUAUAAACAGGCUCGAGACGACAACAUGACCACUCCUACCCAACUUCCCUAUUUCGAGGGAGAUUUCUGGCCUGGCGUCAUCGAGGAGUGCAUCCGUGAAGUGAGAAAUGAGGAAGCACAGCGAAAACAAGAAGAAGCCGAUGAUGAUGAAGAGGAUUAUGGAGGAAGCAUUGGAGAUUCGGGCAAAAAGAAAAGCUCAAAAUCCAAGAAGAACUCGUCGAAGAAGAACACGAAGAUGAACAAAAAGAAACCGGGAUCAAUCACUGGCAAUGAAGUGACCGAUAAGCUCAUCUCGCACCUCGAAAAGCACAAAGACGUCUUUUUCACGAUUCGUCUCAUCCCACUCCGAGAAGAAGCCUUGCUGAAUGGAAAAGACAUCCAGGAUCCAGAUGGUUUAAUGGCCAGCGAUUUGAUGGAUAUUCGAGACACUUUCUUGCAAAGAGCUCGUGAUGAACAUUGGGAGUUCAGCAGUCUUCGAAGAGCCAAGUACUCGACAUUAUGCAUGUGCCAUGCUUUGCACAAUGACACCGAGCAAAAAGACAUGGUCGUUUCAUGCAAUAAAUGUCAACAAACGGGAGCUCGAUGGCAUUGCAAUACUUGCGAGGACUUUGAUCUUUGCGAUCCUUGUAAAAGCCUUCAUCCACAUGAACAUCCACUUGAGCCCUACAAUUCUCUCGUUGAUCAAGGAAAAGAUCAAACUGGCAACUCUCGAUAUGAAAGCAUUCAGCGUUGCAUUGCCUCUCUUGUGCAUGCUUGUCAGUGUCGAGAUGCAAACUGUCGCCGAAUGUCUUGUCACAAGAUGAAGAGGGUUGUUCAGCACACAAAGAUGUGCAAGAAGCGAGUCAACUCGACUUGUCCAGUUUGUAAGCAACUCAUCGCUUUGUGCUGCUAUCAUGCCAAGCAUUGUAACCGUGAUGGAUGCCAGGUUCCUUUCUGCAUGAACAUCCGCCAGAAGUUGACUGAGCAAAAGCGAUCGAUGGCUCGUCGAUCCGAGAUGAUGAU